AUGUCUCUACUUGGUACCCUGGUCAUAUCUCUCCAGCUAGUUGUGUAUCCGACUCUUCAGGACCGAUUUGGUACCAUCAAGAUCUGGCGGAGCGCGCUCAUCAUCUUCCCAUUGGCGUAUUUGGUUGCGCCUUAUCCCUCCUUGGUGGCUUCUACAGUAUCGCAGAACGGCGAGCGACGAGUGCCCCUGGUUUGGCUUUCAAUCGACAGGGUCAUUUUCUGCUUUAUUUUUGGCAAGACUGGGGUGACUCCAGCCACAACUCUUCUGAUCAACGACUGCACCCCUCACCCAUCUGGGCGUGCAACAAUUCAUGCGGCAGCCACGGUGGUCGGAAUUUUGAGUCGAUCUAUUUUUCCAAUGGUCGUCCUGGUCAUUUUCGGCCGUGGAUUAGCAAUGGGUGUUAUCGGCCUAGCAUUCUGGUCCCUUUCAGGACUUGCUGCACUUGCCUACGUAGGAAGCCUGUGGGUCAUCGAGGGAUCUAAUGGAGCGGAGAUUGUACUUAGUGAUAGUGACACUAACGAAGAAGAUCGGCCAUAG